CUUUCUUUCACAGUUGGUCUUCCUCAGCAGAUGGAGUUUGCUUAGCUAGCUGUCAUUGAGAGAGCUCAGCUAUCUUGACAAUUGAGCUGUUGCCAUGCCAAUUGAGCAAACUCUAAAUACUAUACUAAAUUAUAUUUAAUUUAUUUAUUAUCUUGUCAAACAGUAGCCAAAAAUAAUUUCUGGUCACUUUUACAUAUUUUACAAUUUCACAGGGGUUACCCUGGUUUUUCACUCUAGCUAGCUUGUUGGGUUUGUUUGCAGAGACUCUGGCUGUCCGGUCCCUGGAAAUGCAGUCAGAGUGAGACCUCUUCCGGUGGCUCCUCCUCCCCGGUGUGAGCGACAGAUUGUUUCUGUGUGUUUGUAGCUCUGAUAAUCAGAUCCGCAUGAAGCUGGAGCUGCUCGGUUGAGCCGCUGUCUGUCUGGGAAGUUCGGAGAGAAACGAGACAAGAAAAAGUCUGACGGUUCAGUCUACCUGCUUUAAGUCUCCCCCCCACCCCCCUCCAGGCCCGGGGGGACCGAGUACAGCGGAGGAACCGGGACUGGGCUCGUUAAAUUCGGCCGUGGAGCGGCCCGAGCUGCCGCUGGAUGGGAGUUUAACGCACAUUUCUUGUUUUCUGCGCCGAUGGAAGCGGAAAACCCGCCCUGCUCUCAGAGAUGCGGCCAGUGAAAACAGUGAAGAGAAACUACAGAUCUGUAGUUUCAUGGUUGUUUUUCUGCUCGCAACACGAUCCACAGUUCCACGCAGCAGGAGGCCUGCGGAUGUUACUGUGUUUUAAAACUCUUUAAAGUUGACCUUCCCAGGAUCCUGAGCUUUUUGCUUCAGGGAUUUUUUUGGUUCGUUUCUACCUGAGAGAUGCCCGGCAGCGAGAGGAAACCUUUCUUGCAGGAUUUUAGUGUUGAGAAAUGUGAAUUGAGGCAAACAAGGGGACAGAAAACGCUCGGCUGAUCGACAAACCCGAGCAGUCGGACACUUUUUUUGGAUGUCGUUCACCUACGACGCGUCUCUCCUGCUUGCACGACGUCACAGAUAGCAGCCAAUGUCAGCCGACAGCAGCCCGCCGCCGUCGCUGGCCUCUCCGCGUUCUUUCCCACCCUCCCUCAGCGCUGCCCCACCCACCCCGUCGCCGUCCCCCAGCCCGCCCGCCACCCUCUGCAGCCGGCUGUCCAACGGCAGCCAGACGGCCCCCAGCCCCACAAACUCACGAUGCUCCGUCCAUGGAGUCUCCUUCCUGCUUCAGAUCGGACUCACCAGGGAGACGGUCACCCUCGACCCCGGAGACCACUCACUGUCUGCUGUCAGGGAGCUCGUCUGCUCCAUCGUGGAUCAGAAGUUCCCUGAAUGUGGAUUUUUCGGGAUGUACGACAAGAUCCUGCUCUUCCGCCACGACCUGAACUCGGACAACAUCCUGCAGCGUCUGACCUCAGCGGAGGAGAUCCACGAAGGAGACCUGGUCGAGGUGGUGCUCUCCGCUCUCGCCACAGCCGAGGACUUCCAGAUCCGACCUCACGCGCUGUACGUUCACUCCUACAAGGCGCCGGCCUUCUGCGAUGACUGUGGGGAGAUGCUGUGGGGGCUCGUCAGACAGGGCCUCAAAUGUGAAGGAUGUGGACUGAACUACCACAAACGGUGUGCGUUCAAGAUCCCCAACAACUGCAGCGGAGUCAGGAAGAGACGGCUGUCCAAUGUCUCCCUGCCGGGCGCCGUCAUGUCCGUUGCUCGUCCACCUUCCACUGAGUUCACCCCGACACCGCAGGAGGAGCGCCCCCUCCUGGGUGCCGGGAAGCGUAACUCUCUGCUGAGUGGUCGUCCCAUCUGGAUGGAGAAGAUGGUCCUGGGUCGGGUCAAAGUCCCUCACACCUUCUCCGUUCACACCUACACUCGUCCCACCAUCUGCCAGUUCUGCAAGCGUCUGCUGAAGGGCCUCUUCCGCCAGGGGAUGCAGUGCAAAGAUUGUAAAUUUAAUUGCCAUAAGAGAUGUGCGGCCAAAGUACCUCGAGAAUGCCUCGGUGAGGUCGACUUUAAUGGAGAACCAGCCAGUCCCAGUAUGGACUCCGAGGCGACGAUGGAGGUGGACAACUGCGACGUCAACAGUGACGGCGGUCACAGCAUUGACGAGCAGGACGACAAGCUCUUCUUCAUCGAGGGUCCCUGCACGGAAAGUGAGAAGGAUGACGAGACGCUCAGAGCCAUCAGCCCGUCCACCAGCAGUAACAUCCCUCUGAUGCGUGUGGUUCAGUCCAUCAAACACACCAAGAGGAAAAGCUCCACAAUGGUUAAAGAGGGCUGGAUGGUCCACUACUCCAGCCGCGACAACCUGAGGAAGAGACAUUACUGGAGGCUGGACAGCAAGAGUCUGACUCUGUUUCAGAAUGAAAGUGGAGCCAAGUUUUACAAGGAGAUCCCCCUGUCCGAGAUCCUCCAGGUGGAGCCGGCACAGGACUUUGGCAGCCUGCCCCAGGGCAGCAACCCUCACUGCUUCGAGGUGAUCACGGCCAACAUGGUGUACUACGUCGGGGAGGACAACGGCGGCCUGUACCACAACCCCAUCGUGGCGGCGUCUGGUGUGGGGCGGGACGUGGGCCAGAGCUGGGAGAAGGCCAUCCGACAGGCGAUGAUGCCUGUCACGCCCAAGGCCAGCGUCGGCACCGGGCCCGGCCAGGGGAAGGACCACAAAGAACUAUCUAUGAGCAUAUCAGUGUCCAACUCCCAGAUACAAGAGAAUGUGGACAUCAGUUCAGUAUAUCAGAUCUUUGCUGACGAAGUUCUCGGCUCCGGACAGUUUGGGAUCGUCUACGGAGGUAAACACAGGAAGACCGGCAGAGACGUGGCGAUCAAAAUCAUCGACAAAAUGAGGUUUCCAACCAAGCAGGAGAGCCAGCUGAGGAACGAGGUGGCCAUUCUCCAGAACCUCCACCACCCGGGGAUCGUUAACCUGGAGUGCAUGUUCGAGACGCCCGAGCAGGUGUUCGUCGUCAUGGAGAAGCUUCACGGGGACAUGUUGGAGAUGAUUUUAUCCAGCGAGAAGAGCCGACUGCCCGAACGCCUCACCAAGUUCCUGGUCACACAGAUCCUGGUGGCCCUCAGACAUCUUCACUUCAAGAACAUCGUCCACUGUGACCUGAAGCCGGAGAACGUUCUCCUGGCCUCAGCAGAACCCUUCCCUCAGGUGAAGCUCUGUGACUUCGGCUUUGCUCGUAUCAUCGGGGAGAAGUCGUUCCGUCGCUCGGUGGUCGGCACUCCGGCCUAUCUGGCGCCCGAGGUGCUUCGCAGCAAAGGCUACAACCGCUCUCUGGACAUGUGGUCGGUCGGCGUCAUCAUCUACGUCAGCCUGAGCGGGACGUUUCCCUUCAACGAAGACGAGGACAUCAACGACCAGAUCCAGAACGCCGCCUUCAUGUACCCACCCAACCCCUGGAAGGAGAUCUCAGAGCAGGCCACAGACAUCAUCAAUAACCUGCUGCAGGUGAAGAUGAGGAAGCGCUACAGUGUGGACAAGUCACUGAGCCACCCCUGGCUGCAGGACUACCAGACCUGGAUGGACCUCAGGGAGUUCGAGACGCGCCGAGGCGAGCGCUACAUCACCCACGAGAGCGACGACGCCCGCUGGGAGGAGCACGCCGACGAGAGAGGCCUGCACUACCCCAAACACUUCAUCAUGUCACCCAACCUGGACGACAUGGAAGAGGACCCCUAGUGGCCGCCGGGUAAACAUUUCCUACAAUGGAGCGGCAGAUCCGAGGAGUCCCUCAACGGUUGCAGCGGACACUCUUGAGUGCGAGCUUUCCCCAAGAUGGCGCGGGACAACGUGUGUUUGAGGACGCGGUGGUCAGGCAGAUGUUUGAGGACACUGUGACAUGCUCACUGUGGCGAUAAUUCAGGUCCACAGAAUUUUAAUUUUAACACCUUGUUCCUAUUUUACUGCAUUUUUCUACAAGCCAUAACAAACACACCCCGUGAGCCAAAAGCUGGAGGGAUUUGUUUUCCCAGAAUUCAACAUUCAAUAAAUGUCUGCGCUGCCAGUCAAGCCGCGGAAGGGCUAGCUAAAAACAAAUCCAGAGCCUUUAUAUACUUUUUCAGCUCAAAUAGCAUAUUUUUAUGACGUUGUUGUUACAUUUUAGAUCUCAUAAAGCUGUGUAGAGAUGUGAGGUAAUUUUCACAUUCUGUUAAAGUCGUCCUACGUGACGCUAACUGGAACUCAGAAGAAACAAAUGUGUUAUGUCUUGAUUAUGUACUGACUAUAAUGUUCAUUUUUUUCGUUGUUCCUUGUUGGGAUAUCUUUGCACUAUUGGGAAACUCUUUUAAAAGGGGAAUUUCACUGAUAAUAACUUUUGGUUUGUUAAUCUGCAAAAGUAAACUUCUACCUAAUCUGUUUUAUGAGGACCGAGUUUGUAGAGCUUCAGGAAAUGUUAGCAUGGUCACAUGCUGACCUUAGCAUGCUAACAUGCUAAAUGUCACAAUGUUAAAGAACAAAAUCCCUUAUUUUUUUCCACCCUUCAUCUUAUUCUCAUAGUUGUGGCUGUUCUGACUAAAAUGUCAUGCUAACUUUGCACAGACCACCUCCUUUGUUGAGAUUCAGGAAACGCAACAAUCCCGCAAAAAAUAUAAAAACAGAGGCAAGCAUUAAACCUUCAAACUUCACUUGUCUCCGAGUCUAACACAGAAAGUAUCUUCGUAGAUUAGCUUUUGUUGCUAACUGCAUAGGGAUCUAACUAGCACCCUAACUAGCACAGCAAUGGUAGCAUGUUAAAAUGCUCAAUGUUAGCUGCUUAAUUGUUAACCAGCUAGCAUAAUGUAACAUUUAGCAUCUUAGCUUGUUAGCGUGUUAACAAUUCCCUGUGAAAAAGUAGAGUUUAGCAUUCAGCAUGUUAAAAUUUUAACUUGCUAACAUUUAGAAUUUUAGUGUAACAUGCAAACUUUCAGUAUGUUAUUUACUAUAUUAUUAGUCAUUAGUUUCAGAGGUAUUCUAAAUCUGUGACUUUUACAUUUUCGAAGGAGGAUUCAUCCUCUGGGGAUCUUGAAUGUCUGAACCAAAUUACAUGUCAAUCCAUUUCACUCUUCCAUCUAAAAAGCCAACAAUAACAAAUUGAUUUGUUAAUUUUUAUUUUUUUUUGCUCUAUUUCUGACAGAAUUAUUUUAAGAUUCAGGACUCAUAAAACUUAAUUAAAAUUCAACUGACGAGCAGACACCAGGCUGCUGCAUAACACUUUUGCAGAGAAACAAAUUCCGAGUUAUUUUCAGAGUGAUUCUUUCUGAAACUUUGGAUGAAGAUGAGCUGGGAAUCGAGCUGCUAUUGUCCUUCUUUGUCUUUUUGUGGAAACCUGCCUGAGAGAAAACAAACAGCUGAACUGUACAGCGUUGUUGAUCCUGAUCUGACUCCAGCCUGAGAAUUUAAUUCACAUGUUUUAUAUUUUUGCAAGAAAUGUUGUGUCAUGUGGAUUAUUUUGAUGGGAAAAUAUUAAAGCUGAAUGGUUUACUUUGAAGAAAAUCUCA